GAAGCAAGCCGCGGCGGGGGGCAUCGGUGCAGCAACUGAGCAGAGCACACAGCCGCACUGCCUAGGUACAAUAAAAAAAGGCCUGCACCAAAUAGGAGCUGCGGCUGAGCACACAAAUGCCCGCAGGAGCAAUGCGAGCAGCGCUGGCCCUGCUGCCGCUACUGCACGCCGCCGAAGCCGAGGGCAUGACGCGCCACAUACUCCCAAACUAUCGGAGAACGCACCCGCCGGGCUACUGGCGCGUCGUCGCGCAGGAGCUGCGCAAUUACUGCGAGUGCCGCUGCCACGAGAACCAACGCGAGUCCGACGCGAAGAGUGUAGGGCUCAACCCCUUGCUAUUUGAAGAAGGGAGCUGCAAGGUCAACCGCCAGGCGUUAUUAGCACAUGCGAAGCGGCCGGAGCGUUUGACCGUCGUGGUCAUGGCCUACAUACCCGAGCAGAACGAGAGGCUCGACGCUCUAGUUUGCGGCUACGCCGACGCCGACAUGGUCCAGAAGGUGCUAGUGCUGUGGAACGGUCUGCCCGAGCACCGUCCGAUAAUAAGCUGCGCGACGAACUGGCGGUCGAAACAACAAGGGUUUUAUCGGGGCAUCCUCAACCCGACGACCGAAGUCGAAGUGAUCGUCGAGCCGACGAACACGUUGUUGAAUAGAUAUAGACACGCUAAAAGAGUACCAACACAAAGCGUAGUCCUGCAGGACGACGACGUCUUCCACCACGCCGAAACUUUAGAUGCUUUUGCGUGGGGCCGCAUGGCGGCGCCGGACCAAAUUUUGGGCACGUACCCCGAGCGCAACUUUCGCUUAGAUGCUGCGACGGGCGAGUACGAGUACGUCUUCCACCCGCGCAAGACGGCCUCGAAGCAGUAUUCUUUUUUACUGGGACAGACGUCCGUGGUCAGGCGAGAUACCAUCGACGGCUUCAUACACACCGCGCCGCGCCAGGCCCUGGCGUUUAUCAUUUCUCAUAAACCGACGUGCGAGGACCUGACCUUCCACUUUUAUAAUGGAAACGCCACGGGCCUGCCGCCGAUCGUUUUUGAAGAUCUCGCGCCCGUGCUGGUGCUGGGCGAGCGCAACGACCAGAUGCACAAACAAAAUAAAAAGCUUUGGAACGCGCGGCGCCAGCGGUGCUUAAAUAGGCUCGCGGAGGAGUUCGGCGGCAUGGCGCUGGUCCGGUCGAAGUGCCGGCUUCGGGGCAACGUGACGCGUCUCUUGGAGCGCGAGGCGGAUGGGGAGCGGUUGUGGAAGUACCGGGACAGGGCCGUCGCGGCGGCUUCUUUGUAG